AUGGAAAAAAUUUGGCAUCACACCUUCUACAACGAACUUAGAAUCUCUCCCAGAAAACCACCCUGUCCUGCUCACCCGACAGCACCGUUAAAUCCAAAGAUCAAUCGCGAGAAAAUGACCCAAAUAAUGUUCGAAACGUUUAAUUGUCAUGCCAUGUACGUUGCUAUACAGGCUGUGCUGUCUUUGUACGCUAGCGGGAGGACAACGGGUAUCGUUAUGGAUUCGGGGGAUGGAGUAUCCCAUACAGUUCCUAUAUAUGAAGGUUAUGCCCUUCCACAUGCGAUCCUGCGUAUGGAUCUGGCUGGAAGAGAUCUCACAGACUAUCUAAUGAAACUGCUCACGGAACGUGGUUAUAGCUUCACAACUUCAGCAGAACGGGAAAUUAUCAGAGAUCUUAAGGAAAAAAUUUGCUACGUAGCGCUGGACUUCGACCAAGAUCUAGCGAUAGCUCAAAAUACUACUUGCUUGGAAAAAUCGUACGAACUGCCCGACGGGCAGAUCAUCACGCUGGGAAAUGAACGGUUCAGAUGUCCGGAAGCUAUGUUUCAGCCAUCUCUAAUUGGUAUGGAGAUCCCGGGAAUAGCAGAGACUACUUAUCUAUCCAUCAUGCGAUCCGAUAUGGACAUCAGGAAGGAUCUGUACGCCAAUACAGUACUCUCAGGAGGUAGUACUAUGUUUGUGGGUAUUGCGGAUAGAAUACAAAAAGAAAUAGCUGCACUGGCACCAGCUUCCAUGAAAAUCAAAAUUAUUGCACCUCCGGAGAGGAAAUAUUCCGUAUGGAUAGGUGCUUAA